AUGGAAAGUCCCAAUGUCCUCGCCUACUUGUUUCCUAUUGCUGACCCAGAAGAUGUGCAUUCCUAUCAGUAUGCUCUCCACACAGUUAAGCGCAGUGAAAACAGCUUACGAUACGUUCCGGAGCAGCGCAAAGUGAAUAUAGAACUACAAACCCACAGUCGCGAGUCGACCGUCUCCCUAGACGAUCACAUCGAGGAUUCGACUCCGAAUUAUCUUUUCAAGCCGGGGCUGCAAUUAACUUUCAAUCCUGGACCAAGAGCGGGCCCCGGAUAUUUCCUAGGAACCGAUGAGAAUAGCUGCGAUAUUGUGCUGCCGAAGCUCGCAAGGAUCAGCAGGCGCCAUUGCUUUUUCACAUUUGAUGAGAAGCGACGAUUGAUCUUGCAAGACUGUUCGCAAAAUGGAACCAUUGUCACCUACAACGGGAAGGGGGGAGAGAAGCGUCGACAUUUCAAGUGGAUUCUCAGUGGGGAUAGAGUCCCCGAAGGCACUGAAAACUUCCUCCUUGAAUUUCAUAAUCACCUGAAAUUUCGGAUCGUCGUCCCCAAGCACGAGACAUGUCCGGAUCUAUAUGCCGGACGUGUUGACCGAUUCCUCCAAGAAGUGACUGCGAACAUCGAUCUUCCAAUUGACAGACUCGGUAUUCAGAGUGCAAGCACAACAGCAAAUCAAAGCGGGGAGCUCACUCCAGGGCGAGAUCCUAUUUAUAUCCCACAGGGUACCCUUGGCAAGGGGGCCUUUUCAGUUGUAAGUCGUGUUUGGGAUGUUAGCACUGGAAAAUUGUACGCCUUAAAGAAGUUUCGAAACAUUAUUGGUUUAGAUUGGAGGAAAGAAGCAAGUAUAAUGGAGCAAAUAUCACACGUCAGUCAGGGAUAUCCUUUGGUUCUAGUAUGGCAUUUCAUAUUGACGCCACUUCAGGAGCAUAUCAUUGAGUUUAUUCGUGUCGUAAAGACACCGUCGCCGGGUCUGAUUCUCGAAUGCGCCCCUUUUGGAAAUCUUGGUAACCAAGAACAGAUCUCAGAAUAUGAGGUCGUUACGAUUCUCUGUCAAAGCCUUAGUGCCUUGACUUACCUUCACCGCAAAGGCAUUGUUCAUAGAGAUAUCAAGCCAGAGAACAUUCUUGUUCAAUCUCGAAAUCCCCUCCACAUUAAGCUCGCAGAUUUUGGUCUGUCAAAGGCAGCAGGCACCCCAAGAACGGUUUGUGGCACAGAAACAUAUGCCGCGCCUGAGGUAUUCGAAGGCGACUACACAAAUGCCUGCGAUAUAUGGUCGCUAGGCGUGAUCAUAUUUGAGUACGUCUAUGGCCUUCCAAAGCGCAAAGGCGACAGAGGGCGGCGGUGGUGCCAAAGAAUUCUCCAAGCGCUUGACGACUGGGAGGAUGGCUUAACUGAGAUUCUGUCAACUGCUAUGUUGAUCAUGAACCCGAAAGAGCGGCUUCCAGCGGACGAAUGCUAUGUGAAGGCCGUAUGGCUCAUGACUCAACCCCACAGUCUAGUCGCAAGUUCCCACCCAUCAUCUCAGACCUCAGGAGAUAUCAAGUCAAAGUCAAACGCCUGUCUUCGGAAUUCCAAUGCGUCAACUUUUAUUGAACCCCAAAAUACAAUAUUGCGGACCAUGCAGCCGGGGACGCAGAGCCAACAUCUAACAAAAAUAUUGAGCCCUCUUUGGGUUGACCUCCUUGCUGGUCGUCAUGCUGAGGGAAACGUGCAAGAAGCUGGGGCACCGUCAAAGAGGUCUUUGAACGGUGAUGCAAAUGAAGAAAGCCUACAACUACAAAGGACCGCAAAGCGGCCAGCAAUCAGGAUUUAUUCAGACGAAUUGAAUCAGAAGAAUUAUAAGUUUCGCUGUCGGUUAAUUAAUGGUCAAAUCGUACGAAUGCAGCUUCGUGACCGAAAGAUCUGUUUCACUAGCUAUGCGCAAGCAAUGCGUCGGGGUCCCCUUUGGAUCCGAGAACAUUUGGGAAGGAUUGACUGCGGGAAAAAAGAAGAAUACACAUCUCGUGGUUUUAAAGGGACCCUGGUUGAUUUUGAAAUCAUGAAGUCAUAUGUGCAGAGUUGGGGGAUCCAGGAUUCCCUGGAUUGGCGCUGUCUUAUUGGUGACCGUCAUGACAGACAGCCAUUACUCGAACAGCAAGGGAUCCUCUACCUCCCGAUAUUUAUGGAUGAUGUUAUGAUUCCUUUUAAUACCCUAUCGCAGACGGUCAACAUCACAAGCAUCUUUACAGCAGUGACAGGCAGCCGAUCCCAACUGGGCACUCUAUUAAAAAAGGUAGGGAUUCAAUACACAUCUGUACAUGGAGGAAGACUUGUCCAGGGGACAUAUAUAGCUCAAACCGAUGUUUGUAAAUUUGGUGAACACAUUGGCGUCGAUCUUCGUGGUUUAGUUCGCCAAGCAGAAACAUGGAAGAGCACGACAAGCGCUUCUGACUCCAAUAUCAGGCACGAGGGAGACCCUCUCUCACAAGAGGCUGAAAUUUGGAAGAGCACGACAAGCGCUUCUGCUCAUAUCAGCCACGAGGGAGACUGCCUCUCAGAAGAGGCUGAAACCUGGAAGAGCACGACAAGCGCUUCUGCUCAUAUCAGCCACGAGGGAGACUGCCUCUCAGAAGAGGCUGAAACCUGGAAGAGCACGACAAGCGCUUCUGCUCAUAUCAGCCACGAGGGAGACAGUCCCUCACAAGAGGCUGAAACCUGGAAGAGCGCGGCAAGCGCUUCUGCUGAUAUCAGCCACGAGGGGGCCCGUCUCUCACAACUCUCACAAGAGAUUGGUGACGAUAUUUCUUCUUCUUGUAACGGUAUCACGUAUCCAAGUGACUUGGAUCUAUGGAACUUGUUGAGUUAAUCGUGACGUCGGGGUAGUACUUUAGGGGAAAGAAAGGCAGGAUUUCAAUUGAUUUAGCGCCUUGAAAGGACUCUAUUGCAGACUCUGCGGAUUCAUCGAUGGCCCCUCCGCCUAUUCAUGUUCAUAGUUAAAGAUCUAACUUUGGUAAUAUUUUACGUACAGUAUGCAACUAUCC